AUGUUAGAUGACGAUCUGAAGACGCAAAUCAACCACACUCACGACACUAAGCAAGACGUUCUUGACAAGCUGUUGCCAACUACCGAAAAGGCCAGGCAAGGCUUGACAGAUAAAUCAUGGUCUUACAGACGCAAGAAUGGCGAAAAGGUCAUCGUGCGGGACGUUCUCGUCAAGAUUACCAAAUGGGUAAACCACUUCAAGGGCGUCGUUGAUGUGGCCGUGUCAUACGAUCCGUUUCACGCGGCGCUGCCCUGGGCUGGUGUCCGAUUCCUGUUGGACGCUGCCAUGGGGGAUUUGACCACGUACAAUGAGCUUCUUGACAAUACAGCUAGUGUCGCUGAGGUCAUUUGUCGCAACACGCUGGUCGAGCGCGUCAUUCGGAACGUUCAGUCAGAAACCGCAGACGAGCUCCGCCGGGCGUUGAUCAAAUUCACCCGGUCGCUCACCCGGCCAGAACGAGUGCUACAAAACGGGUUGCUGUCCUCCUCCGACCUAAACGCAGCGUCCAAUGCCAUCAAGCAAGCACAGGACGACGUGACCCGGUCGUCCAAUGCCUUUGGCCUAUCAUCCGACCUGCAAGAAAUGCUAGAGCGUUUCAACGCUCCAGUCCGCCGGUGGGACGAAACACUUCAUCAGAUGACCGACCAGAUCGACCGAGCCAGGAGAACGGCGACCUUGAGCUGGAUCUCUGACGAACCCUAUGAGAUGCAUCAUAAGCUCACGUACAGUGAGGUACUCGAGGGCACAGGACAAUGGAUCCUCUGCGACCCGACGUUUUUGCACUGGGCGAACGAGAGUGCUUCGUCCAUUUUGUGGCUCCACGGCAUCCCAGGCUCUGGCAAGAGCAAAUUGACGUCCGUUGUUGUCAGCCAGGCUCUCCAGGCCUUCAGAGAGAAGCUGGCCCCGGCCCCUGUGUACUUCUACUGCUCCCGUAAUCCAGCGGAGCCCGGCCGCUCUGAUCCUACCCGCAUAUUGGCCAGCAUUGCCCGACAACUUUCGACUCCAUCCUCCCCAUCGUCGGUUCUCGAACCUGCGGUCGCGGUGUUCACGCAGUGGGAGGAAACGGCAUUUGCCUCCGGACCACUUCACGUUGAUGAAACCAAAGGCUUGAUACUUCAGCUGCUUGAAAGAUACAAAGAAGCCACAGUGACCGUUGCGAUUGACGCUCUCGACGAGUGCAACCCUGCCACUCGAGAUAUUUUGCUAGAUACGCUCGAGGAUCUUCUGAACGCAUCUCCAUGCUUGCUGAAGGUCUUCGUCUCGAGCCGCGACGACCAGGAUAUCGUUUACAACCUGCGUAAAUACUCCAAUCUUACCCUGUCAUCUGAUUGCAACACCACAGAUAUUGAGCUGUUUGUGAAAUCGGAGACGACACGCCUCGUCAAGAAAAGUUCUUUGCUGUGUUACAGUGAGAGAAAAGAAGAACUGGGCGACAUGAUUGUCCAUGAGCUGACCUUCGGCGCACAUGGCAUGUAA